ACAGCUUGUUUGUUGGGUUCGGUAUCUGCUGUCUUAGUGUGUCAGGUCACUUGGUUGUUGCAAAAUAUUUCCAUGAAAGGAGGCCUUUUGCCACAAGGAUACUAAUGUCUUCCGGUGGACUGGGUCUGCGCUGGCACCGCUUACUCAAGCUUUGCUAGACAGUUUUGGUUUAGAAAACACUCUAAGAUUCCUUGGUGGAACUGUAUUUGUGAUCGGAAUAGCAGCGCUUGAGUAAGAUCCCAGUGUACGAGAAAAGGAAUCAAAUAAGGCAACAGCCAAACUGCAGGAAGAGAAAUCGUGCCGUUUUCAUUGUCUUUGCUUUUGCAAUUUUUUCGGAUCGCUUUGGGGAGUCCUUAGCUCAAACUCAUGUAGUGAAGUAUGCAGAAGAGCAAGGGCUCUCAGCUUGCAAAUCCUCAGGGUAGCUGAUGUUCUAUGGUUUAGCCUCGUGUAUUGCAAGAUUGUUAGCAGGUCCUGUAUGUAAUCUAACGCGAAUCAACCCUCGCUAUGUCUUUCAAGUGGGAAGCCUUAUUGCCGCGGUAUCUGUUGUUCUUCUUCCUUUGUCAAAUAGUCAAACUCGUUUCAUUUUAUGCAGUGUCUUUUUGGCAUUGGAAAUAGUUUAAUAUAAACUGCAAUGAAUAUUUUACUUUUAACUUGCGUGGAAGCAUAGAGGAGAGCCUCAGCCUUUGGCCUGGCGAACUUUUUGAGUUCUUUUUCCGUUCCUUCUCCACCUCUUUUGAUUGUCCUGUGGCUGGUCGUCUAUCAGAGAAAUUUAGCUGCCGCUUCGUCACCAUGCUUGGGGUGCUGUCUUCAACAGUUGGACUUGUUUUAGCAUCAUUUGCCAAAAGUGCCUUCGUCUACUAUUUGACUUACAGCUUGUUUGUUGGGUUCGGUAUCUGCUGUGUUCGUAUAUCAAAUUUCUUAAUUGUUUCAAAAUAUUUCUGCAAAAGGAAGCCAUUUGCUACAGGGAUACUAACAUCUGCUGCUGGAAUGGGUCUAUUUGUGUUUGCACCGCUAACCGAAAGUUUACUGGAUAGGUUCGGUUUAGAAAAAACUUUAAGAUUCCUGGGUGGAACUGUAUUUGUAACGGGGAUUCCAGCACUGGCAUAUGAUCCUAAUGUGCAGGAAAAUGAAUCAAAUAACGCAACGAUACAAUUGCAACAAGAGAAAUUCAAUGAAAGGACGCAAACAAAGCUGGUGGACUGUUCUGUCUGGCGAGUGCCGACGUUUACCGUCUUUGCAUUGACAUUUGCGUUAGAUCGCUUUGGACAGUCACCUACUCGAACUCACUUGGUGAAAUACGCAGAAGAACAAGGGCUCCCAGCAUACAGUUCGUCAAGGUUAUUGAUGUACUUUGGUUUAGCCUCGUGUAUUGCAAGACUGGUAGCAGGUUGUGUUUGUGAUCUAACGCGAGUCAACCCUCGCUAUGUUUUUCAAGUGGGCAGCCUUAUCACCGCGGUAUCUGUUAUUCUUCUUCCUUUGGCGAAUAAUCAAACUCGUUUCAUUUUAUGUAGUGUCUUUUUUGGCGUUGGAAAUGGUAUAACUUUAACUUCAAUGAAUGUCGUACUUUUGAACUGCGUGGAAGCAAAGAGGAGAGCCUCAGCUUUUGGCCUGGCGAACUUUUUGAGCUCUUUCUCCGUUCUUUCUUCUCCUCCUUUGAUUGGUUUCAUUGCUGACGAGUUUCAUUCUUACAAGCCUGCGUUUUAUUUGGUCGGCAGUGUUUUACUGGCCAAUACCGCUCUUCCACUUGUCAUCUUUUGCGUAAAAGUGAACCGACGCGAUGAAAGGGAACCUCAAACGCUGAUAAUGCCCGUGGAAAACCAUGGUCAAAUUCAGUACGUCUCUUCCUGUUAGAAAUACGUACAAAGUAAAUAAACUAAACCCCUUCACCACGAGCGACCUCGAAGGAAUUAUUAUUAUUAUUAUAUGGGUUCAUCUAUUAUUGGAAGAAUGAUUAUUGCAGUUUGUCAAAAAAUGUGCAACGGAUUAAAAUAAGAAAUUAAAAGAUUUUUAUUGUGAUAAAA